GAUUCCAAAUUUGGCAGUCGCUCGCCAGGUCAAUGUCGUGGCAAUUCAGUUGAAUCUGGCUUAUUUUCGGUGUAUAUAUUUUGCUCCUCUAUUUUCCCCUUAUAUUUGUAAACGUUAGUGACAAAUUAAAGCCUUUUGAAGAUACAUUUAAAGAGUGAAAUUCUGGACUUCUUGGAAGUGAAUUCUCAGUCAUCUUGAAAGUAAUUUUUUUCUCCAGAGGUACAAGGAAGAGAAGAGAACGAUGUCCAAUGACGAGCAUGUCGCAUCUCGCCGGUCAUCGAAGCCCCUGAUGGAAAAACGACGUCGUGCUCGUAUCAAUGACAGUCUUCUUCAGCUAAAGAACCUAGUUCUUGAUGCUCUCAAUAAAAACAAUCCCCGUCAUUCUAAACUUGAGAAGGCUGAUAUUCUGGAGAUGACCGUCCGAUAUCUACGAUCGAUCAACCGGCAGAAUCCUCAUGAAGACAUUGGUUUACAUAACGAGGAAGCAAACGUUGCCCAAUACCAGACCGGAUACACAGAAUGCCUGCACGAGGUUUCCCGGUAUCUAGAUGCUACCGGUCACCCAAACAACGCCUCCAAUCAAACGGUCGUACUUCGAAAUCUGAUGAACAGGGAGGCUAGCGAGCGCCAUCUUCAAACAAGUCUCUUAAACCAUCUCGUUACGCAAUGUACCGAUUACGAUAGAUCUGAAGAGCGCAUGAUCGUUCAAGGGCAGAAAAAGGUUGCUGUCCCUCCAAACGUAGACCGACAUGCUACAAAUAACGUAGGUCAUUGUGAUAUCCCCACACUGCACUUCUGCAUGGCGGGCGAUCUCCCUUCUAUGACGUCACAUGAGGUGCCUGGAGCAUAUGCUCCGAACAAGAACGGAAAUAGUGCAAGAAGCGAAGUUCAGGCUGGAGCAUCGCCAUCUAGUGUGUUUUGUGAAAGAGGGGUUUUAGCUCCGGUUGAUCCGACAGCUUGCCCUUCGGUCAAUCCAACUGGCCCGAUAGUGGGCGACGGGAUUAGGCUGGUCUUACCAAGGAAUCUUGUGUAUUCGGGCCAAAUACCGACACACGUGAUCCCGGUAUACGCUCCCACGAUCUCUACAGCACAGAUGCAGCCAUCGACUGUGUUUUCCAACGUCCAGACUCCCUCGACAUCAUCCACGACUAGGAUCCUUGCUCCCGUUGCCCCUAGUGAUGGGCAUAUAUCUAAGUUAUCAGGGAGUGACGUUACGGCAGCGAAUAGCGGCUUCUCUUUCAUCACCACACCACCACCCUCAACUCAUCCUGCUCAAAGCUCCGCGCUGAAUUGGAUGAAAGGGCAAAGUCAGUCUUCAAACCAGUCUUCUGCAUCGACCGUUACCAACAAUUGCUACUUGAAUGACCUCAAAUCACAUGAACAAAAUUCAUGUGUGACUCUCUCUUCAUUUACUAGUUCUAGCCCUAUUUCUUCAUCAUCGUCAUCAUCAAUAUCAUCACCAUCCUCGUCAUUGAUACCGUCGGUAUCACCGGCACAUGACCUCACACAACACAAUUCAGCAAUAAACACUUUGAUUAUACAAUCAUCACAACCUCAGUCACAUUCGCAUCAAGCAAAUGUAAAGUCUAAGACCGAGAACAAAACUUCUGCCACACCACCCUACUCCGACAAAACUAUUCGCUGGACAAUGACUCCUACACAGACUACUAUUUCCCCAACAACAACAACCACAGGUUUAAUGAGUGCCCAUGGCCGUGAUGGCACCCAGUCUGUUAGCAAGCGUAAGAUAACCACCAGUAAAACAUUUCGACCCCCAUCCACUAAUUCAGUCGCACGAAAGCGCCAACGAACCAAGACCUCUCAAGACACACACCCAUCAGGGGUGCGGAAUGCUACCCCUCCCCCACACCUCCCUAAUACAGAUAAAGGUACAAAGAAGAUUGGCACCUCCCGGUCCGACAUGCCACCGAUCCGUUGUCGAUCACCUCUUCGUUUUAUCUCUGACCAACCAUUCGGCCUGCCUCCGGGGUCUCGCUCCUCAGACGGCUGCCCGGAUAGAAAUGAAAAUGCCCCGCAAGUAGGGCGUGACGUCAACGCUUCUGGGUUUAGUCGUAAGGUCGCUUGGCGUCCUUGGUAACGCUCCCGUAGCAACCAGAAAGUUGUUUGAUAUUCAUCGCUUUAAUGUUUAGUUGUGAUGAUAUUUCAUGCCAAUGUUCUCUUGAGUAAUGCUCGUUCAGAUUGGUGACUAGAUCAUCAAGCAUUGAACCAGAUAAUUCAAGUUACAAGUGUUAGACCUUUAGAUGUAACCUGAUUCCUUGAAAAUCCUGAAAAUUCAUGCCAAUUUGAUCAUGAUGAUACAUGAAAUGGUCCUCAUAGCAUUGCGAUUUGCGAGAUUUGUAAUUGAUUUCGACUUUCAGUACUUUUUAGAUUAGCUUGAAUUCUCGAUAAAAAUUAGGUCUAUUAUUUGUCUAGUCAAACAAACUUGGAAAGGGGAGGGGUGGUGCAUCCAAAAUACUUAAGAGAUAUUUUUAAAGGGUCACUCGAUUCACCUGAAGGAAAUUAAUUCGCAUGCGUUACUCCAUCAUGCUUGUUGAACCCAAAUACCUAUUUUAAUUAUAUAUCUUCUUUAGUUGAGUUUAAUUGAUCUUUGCUGUUUUACUGUCCUGAGGUCAAAAUACUGAAUAUCAUAUUCAACGUUGUGUAUAGGAAUAUAGUAAUGAGGGCUACAAAGAAAGGAAAGACAAAUGUAUGUAUACAUUUUCGUCAGUGGAAAUUUAAAUCAUAUUAUCGUGAAAAUGCAUGUUUUUAAAGCUUAUUCAGAAUCUUCAUUACGUUUAUUUUGGAAAUAUGUUCAUGAUGAUGAUCUUAAUCAUAAAUGGUCUAUAGUGUUUUUCUUAACUUUCCAUUUUUCAUGUUGUUUGAAAAGUUCGUUACUCAUAUCAUAAUUUGCUUUAAAAAAUGUUCAAUAUGCCUGUAAAAAUGUAUUCAUGUUGCUGUGCCUCUAAGGUUAACACUGUUUGAUUUACUCUUGGGGCUACCCUACUAGAAAGAAUGACAGAUAAACAAAUGAAAGAUGCAUUCAAUUAAGAAAAUAAUUCAUCUACAUUUUAACUCGAAGUAUGAUUUUAUUUAUGGAAUAUACGUGAAAACAUGCAUGCGUUUGACAAGAAAAGAAAUUGAGGUUCAUGCAUUUUCCCGAAAUUGUGUUUGAUUAUGGUUUACCAUGGUAAGUGGCCGGCGGAGAGAGUGAUGUCUUAUAAAAUAACUUACCUGUAAUAUUGUAUAUGAUUUAUUGGAAUAUUGUACAUAUAGAUUACAAAAAACCAGUUAUAUCUAUCUGUCAACGACUGUUCGGUGUAACAAUUAUUCAUGUAUGCCUAAUUUAUGAAAGGCACCUUCUAGAACAUAAAAUAUUUCUUUGCAUACAUGUAAAUGUUACCGAAGUGUGUGUGUGUACACUGUAAAAAAUAUUGGGUAAAAUUUUAACCAGCACGAGGGUAAUUAUGUGUCCAAUCAAUUUUGGGCAGUAUUUUACCCAAUGCGGGAAGCACACUGUCCAGUAAGGUUUAAAAAUAAGCAGCAAUUACAGUAGAAUGGGCAAAACUUCCAUCACACUGGAUAAAUAAUAAUGCCCAAAAGAAAUGCACAAUGUUCGUUGGAUACAUAAUUACCCUCAUGGAGCAUUUUUACCCAACAUUUUUUAGAGUGUACAGAAACUUCUGAAAUAAUGUUAAAUGCAAUAAAUGUAGUGAGGAUCCGC